UUGAGAGUCAGGCUCCCAGGAGGGAUGUCGUGUUCUUGCUGGAUGGAUCUGAUGGCACUAGGAGUGGAUUCCCAGCAAUGCGGGACUUUGUUCAAAGAGUAGUGGAGACACUCGGUGUGGAUGAGAACAGAGAUCGCGUGGCUGUGGUCCAGUACAGUAAAGAUCCAGCAGCCCAAUUCUAUCUGAACACAUACACAACAAAAGGAGAGAUUCUCAACACUGUAAGAGGUCUGAGACACAAAGGUGGGAGACCUCUUAACACUGGAGCUGCUCUCCAGUAUGUGAGAGACAAUGUCUUUACUGUCUCCUCCGGAAGUCGACGCAUUGAAGGUGUUCCACAGUUACUGAUUCUGCUGAGUGGUGGAAGGUCCUUUGACAAUGUUGACACUCCAGCUUCUGCUCUGAAGGAGCUUGGGGUCUUGAUCUUUGGAAUUGGAACAAGGAGCUCCGAUAGCAGAGAAUUGCAGAGGAUAUCACAUGAUCCCAGUUACGCUCUGUCUGUCUCUGACUUCACUGACCUUCCAAACAUCCAGCAGCAACUUCUGUCCUCGGUGGAGGCAGUUGUUAUUGAGGUUACGCCAGAAUCGACAACAGAUUUAGUUGAUCAUGACACCUCCAGAAAGGAUGUGGUAUUCCUUGUGGAUGGUUCUGAUGGCACAAGGAAUGGAUUCCCAGCAAUGCGUGAUUUUGUUCAGAGAGUAGUGGGGAAACUCAAUGUGGGAGGAGACAAAGACCGCGUUUCUGUUGUCCAGUACGGUAGAGAUCAAGAAGUUCAUUUCUAUCUGAACACAUACACCACAAAGGAGGACAUUCUUGACACUGUCAGAAGUCUGAGGCACAGAGGAGGUAGACCCCUUAACACUGGGGCAGCCCUCCAAUACGUACGGGACAAUGUCUUUACUGCCUCCUCUGGAAGCAGAAGCCAAGAGGGCGUCCCUCAGAUGCUGAUACUGCUGAGUGGGGGAAGGUCCAGUGAUAAUGUUGACAUACCAGCUUCUGCCCUGAAAGAGAGUGGGGUCUUGAUCUUUGGCAUUGGAACCAGAAAUUCCAGCAGAGAGGUUCAAAGGAUUGCCACUGAUCCUAGUUUUUCCCAGUCUGUUUCUGAAUUCUCUGACCUCCCCAGCGUCCAGGAGCAGUUUUUCUCCUCACUCAUAACUGUACAAGUUGAGGCCACACCCAUAACCCCAAGAGUCAUAGUGGACCAAAGCAUUGCCAGAAAGGAUGUAGUAUUCCUGCUGGAUGGUUCUGAUGGCACUAGGAAUGGCUUUCCAGCAAUGCGUGACUUUGUUCAAAGAGUGGUAGAGAAACUCACUGUGGAGGAGAACAGAGAUCGAGUCUCUGUGGUCCAGUAUAGCAGAGAAUCAGAGGCCCACUUCUAUCUGAACACUUACACAACAAAGGAAGACGUCGUGGACACCGUAAGAGGCCUGAGGCACAAAGGAGGGAGACCCCUCAACACUGGGGCAGCUCUCCAGUAUGUCAGGGACAAUGUCUUUAUUGCCUCCUCCGGAAGUAGGCGCCUUGAAGGUGUUCCACAGAUUCUGAUACUGCUGAAUGGUGGAAGGUCCUUUGACAAUGUAGAUACACCAGCGUCUGCUCUCAAGGAGCUUGGUGUCUUGGUGUUUGGAAUUGGAACAAGGAGCUCUGAUAGCAGAGAAUUACAAAAAUAUCCUAUGACCCCAGUUAUGCUCUUUCCGUGUCUGAAUUUACUGACCUCCCCAACGUCCAACAGCAGCUUCUUUCUGCUAUGAGCACUGUCAUUGUACAGGUCACAACCAUGACACCAACAGUAAUACCAACAAUACUAGUUGAGAGUCAGGCUCCCAGGAGGGAUGUCGUGUUCUUGCUGGAUGGAUCUGAUGGCACUAGGAGUGGAUUCCCAGCAAUGCGGGACUUUGUUCAAAGAGUAGUGGAGACACUCGGUGUGGAUGAGAACAGAGAUCGCGUGGCUGUGGUCCAGUACAGUAAAGAUCCAGCAGCCCAAUUCUAUCUGAACACAUACACAACAAAAGGAGAGAUUCACAACACUGUAAGAGGUCUGAGACACAAAGGUGGGAGACCUCUUAACACUGGAGCUGCUCUCCAGUAUGUGAGAGACAAUGUCUUUACUGUCUCCUCCGGAAGUCGACGCAUUGAAGGUGUUCCACAGUUACUGAUUCUGCUGAGUGGUGGAAGGUCCUUUGACAAUGUUGACACUCCAGCUUCUGCUCUGAAGGAGCUUGGGGUCUUGAUCUUUGGAAUUGGAACAAGGAGCUCCGAUAGCAGAGAAUUGCAGAGGAUAUCACAUGAUCCCAGUUACGCUCUGUCUGUCUCUGACUUCACUGACCUUCCAAACAUCCAGCAGCAACUUCUGUCCUCGGUGGAGGCAGUUGUUAUUGAGGUUACGCCAGAAUCGACAACAGAUUUAGUUGAUCAUGACACCUCCAGAAAGGAUGUGGUAUUCCUUGUGGAUGGUUCUGAUGGCACAAGGAAUGGAUUCCCAGCAAUGCGUGAUUUUGUUCAGAGAGUAGUGGGGAAACUCAAUGUGGGAGGAGACAAAGACCGCGUUUCUGUUGUCCAGUACGGUAGAGAUCAAGAAGUUCAUUUCUAUCUGAACACAUACACCACAAAGGAGGACAUUCUUGACACUGUCAGAAGUCUGAGGCACAGAGGAGGUAGACCCCUUAACACUGGGGCAGCCCUCCAAUACGUACGGGACAAUGUCUUUACUGCCUCCUCUGGAAGCAGAAGCCAAGAGGGCGUCCCUCAGAUGCUGAUACUGCUGAGUGGGGGAAGGUCCAGUGAUAAUGUUGACAUACCAGCUUCUGCCCUGAAAGAGAGUGGGGUCUUGAUCUUUGGCAUUGGAACCAGAAAUUCCAGCAGAGAGGUUCAAAGGAUUGCCACUGAUCCUAGUUUUUCCCAGUCUGUUUCUGAAUUCUCUGACCUCCCCAGCGUCCAGGAGCAGUUUUUCUCCUCACUCAUAACUGUACAAGUUGAGGCCACACCCAUAACCCCAAGAGUCAUAGUGGACCAAAGCAUUGCCAGAAAGGAUGUAGUAUUCCUGCUGGAUGGUUCUGAUGGCACUAGGAAUGGCUUUCCAGCAAUGCGUGACUUUGUUCAAAGAGUGGUAGAGAAACUCACUGUGGAGGAGAACAGAGAUCGAGUCUCUGUGGUCCAGUAUAGCAGAGAAUCAGAGGCCCACUUCUAUCUGAACACUUACACAACAAAGGAAGACGUUGUGGACACCGUAAGAGGCCUGAGGCACAAAGGAGGGAGACCCCUCAACACUGGGGCAGCUCUCCAGUAUGUCAGGGACAAUGUCUUUAUUGCCUCCUCCGGAAGUAGGCGCCUUGAAGGUGUUCCACAGAUUCUGAUACUGCUGAAUGGUGGAAGGUCCUUUGACAAUGUAGAUACACCAGCGUCUGCUCUCAAGGAGCUUGGUGUCUUGGUGUUUGGAAUUGGAACAAGGAGCUCUGAUAGCAGAGAAUUACAAAAAAUAUCCUAUGACCCCAGUUAUGCUCUUUCCGUGUCUGAAUUUACUGACCUCCCCAACGUCCAACAGCAGCUUCUUUCUGCUAUGAGCACUGUCAUUGUACAGGUCACAACCAUGACACCAACAGUAAUACCAACAAUACUAGUUGAGAGUCAGGCUCCCAGGAGGGAUGUCGUGUUCUUGCUGGAUGGAUCUGAUGGCACUAGGAGUGGAUUCCCAGCAAUGCGGGACUUUGUUCAAAGAGUAGUGGAGACACUCGGUGUGGAUGAGAACAGAGAUCGCGUGGCUGUGGUCCAGUACAGUAAAGAUCCAGCAGCCCAAUUCUAUCUGAACACAUACACAACAAAAGGAGAGAUUCUCAACACUGUAAGAGGUCUGAGACACAAAGGUGGGAGACCUCUUAACACUGGAGCUGCUCUCCAGUAUGUGAGAGACAAUGUCUUUACUGUCUCCUCCGGAAGUCGACGCAUUGAAGGUGUUCCACAGUUACUGAUUCUGCUGAGUGGUGGAAGGUCCUUUGACAAUGUUGACACUCCAGCUUCUGCUCUGAAGGAGCUUGGGGUCUUGAUCUUUGGAAUUGGAACAAGGAGCUCCGAUAGCAGAGAAUUGCAGAGGAUAUCACAUGAUCCCAGUUACGCUCUGUCUGUCUCUGACUUCACUGACCUUCCAAACAUCCAGCAGCAACUUCUGUCCUCGGUGGAGGCAGUUGUUAUUGAGGUUACGCCAGAAUCGACAACAGAUUUAGUUGAUCAUGACACCUCCAGAAAGGAUGUGGUAUUCCUUGUGGAUGGUUCUGAUGGCACAAGGAAUGGAUUCCCAGCAAUGCGUGAUUUUGUUCAGAGAGUAGUGGGGAAACUCAAUGUGGGAGGAGACAAAGACCGCGUUUCUGUUGUCUCGUACGGUAGAGAUCAAGAAGUUCAUUUCUAUCUGAACACAUACACCACAAAGGAGGACAUUCUUGACACUGUCAGAAGUCUGAGGCACAGAGGAGGUAGACCCCUUAACACUGGGGCAGCCCUCCAAUACGUACGGGACAAUGUCUUUACUGCCUCCUCUGGAAGCAGAAGCCAAGAGGGCGUCCCUCAGAUGCUGAUACUGCUGAGUGGGGGAAGGUCCAGUGAUAAUGUUGACAUACCAGCUUCUGCCCUGAAAGAGAGUGGGGUCUUGAUCUUUGGCAUUGGAACCAGAAAUUCCAGCAGAGAGGUUCAAAGGAUUGCCACUGAUCCUAGUUUUUCACAGUCUGUUUCUGAAUUCACUGACCUCCCCAGCAUCCAGGAGCAGUUUUUCUCCUCACUCAUAACUGUACAGGUUGAGGCCACACCCAUAACCCCACCAGUCAUAGUGGACCAAAGCAUUGCCAGAAAGGAUGUAGUAUUCCUGCUGGAUGGUUCUGAUGGCACUAGGAAUGGCUUUCCAGCAAUGCGUGACUUUGUUCAAAGAGUGGUAGAGAAACUCACUGUGGAGGAGAACAGAGAUCGAGUCUCUGUGGUCCAGUAUAGCAGAGAAUCAGAGGCCCACUUCUAUCUGAACACUUACACAACAAAGGAAGACGUUGUGGACACCGUAAGAGGCCUGAGGCACAAAGGAGGGAGACCCCUCAACACUGGGGCAGCUCUCCAGUAUGUCAGGGACAAUGUCUUUAUUGCCUCCUCCGGAAGUAGGCGCCUUGAAGGUGUUCCACAGAUUCUGAUACUGCUGAAUGGUGGAAGGUCCUUUGACAAUGUAGAUACACCAGCGUCUGCUCUCAAGGAGCUUGGUGUCUUGGUGUUUGGAAUUGGAACAAGGAGCUCUGAUAGCAGAGAAUUACAAAAAUAUCCUAUGACCCCAGUUAUGCUCUUUCCGUGUCUGAAUUUACUGACCUCCCCAACGUCCAACAGCAGCUUCUUUCUGCUAUGAGCACUGUCAUUGUACAGGUCACAACCAUGACACCAACAGUAAUACCAACAAUACUAGUUGAGAGUCAGGCUCCCAGGAGGGAUGUCGUGUUCUUGCUGGAUGGAUCUGAUGGCACUAGGAGUGGAUUCCCAGCAAUGCGGGACUUUGUUCAAAGAGUAGUGGAGACACUCGGUGUGGAUGAGAACAGAGAUCGCGUGGCUGUGGUCCAGUACAGUAAAGAUCCAGCAGCCCAAUUCUAUCUGAACACAUACACAACAAAAGGAGAGAUUCUCAACACUGUAAGAGGUCUGAGACACAAAGGUGGGAGACCUCUUAACACUGGAGCUGCUCUCCAGUAUGUGAGAGACAAUGUCUUUACUGUCUCCUCCGGAAGUCGACGCAUUGAAGGUGUUCCACAGUUACUGAUUCUGCUGAGUGGUGGAAGGUCCUUUGACAAUG